GAGCUGUGGGCACCAAUCAACGGUUGCCAUAGCAGCGUUUGACGUCAUUGUGCGUGUGGUGCCCCUGCUGCCGGGGCUGGUGAUUGGAGGAAACCCCGUGUCUGCGGAGCGUCUGUAGCCUGUGAGCAGCGAGAUCCAGGGACAGAGUCUCAGCCUCGCCGCCGCUGCCGCCGCCCAGAGACUGCUGAGCCUCGGUCUUCGGUCCGCCACCCACUCCGGACACAGAACAUCCAAUCAUGGAUAAAAAUGAGCUGGUGCAGAAGGCCAAACUGGCCGAGCAGGCUGAGCGAUAUGACGACAUGGCAGCCUGCAUGAAGUCUGUAACUGAGCAAGGAGCUGAAUUAUCCAAUGAGGAGAGGAAUCUUCUCUCAGUUGCUUAUAAAAAUGUUGUAGGAGCCCGUAGGUCAUCUUGGAGGGUCGUUUCAAGUAUUGAGCAAAAGACGGAAGGUGCUGAGAAAAAGCAGCAGAUGGCUCGAGAAUACAGAGAGAAAAUUGAAACUGAGCUAAGAGAUAUCUGCAAUGAUGUACUGUCUCUUUUGGAAAAGUUCUUGAUCCCCAAUGCUUCCCAAGCAGAGAGCAAAGUCUUCUAUUUGAAAAUGAAAGGAGACUACUACCGUUACUUGGCUGAAGUUGCUGCUGGUGAUGACAAAAAAGGGAUUGUGGAUCAGUCACAACAAGCUUACCAGGAAGCUUUUGAAAUAAGCAAAAAGGAAAUGCAACCAACACAUCCUAUCAGAUUGGGUCUGGCCCUUAACUUCUCUGUGUUCUAUUAUGAGAUUCUGAACUCCCCGGAGAAAGCUUGCUCUCUUGCAAAGACAGCUUUUGAUGAAGCCAUUGCUGAACUUGAUACAUUAAGUGAAGAGUCAUACAAAGACAGCACACUAAUAAUGCAGUUACUGAGAGACAACUUGACAUUGUGGACAUCGGAUACCCAAGGAGAUGAAGCUGAAGCAGGAGAAGGAGGGGAAAAUUAACCGGCCUUCCAACUUUUGUCUGCCUCAUUCUAAAAUUUACACAGUAGACCAUUUGUCAUCCAUGCUGUCCCACAAAUAGUUUUUGUUUACGAUUUAUGACAGGUUUAUGUUACUUCUAUUUGAAUUUCUAUAUUUCCCAUGUGGUUUUUAUGUUUAAUAUUAGGGGAGUAGAGCCAGUUAACAUUUAGGGAGUUAUCUGUUUUCAUCUUGAGGUGGCCAAUAUGGGGAUGUGGAAUUUUUAUACAAGUUAUUAAUGUUUGGCAUAGUACUUGGGGUACAUUGUGGCUUCACAAGGGCCAGUGUUAAAACUGCUUCCAUGUCUAAACAAAGAAAACUGCCUACAUAUUGGUUUGUCCUGGUGGGGAAAAUUGGUUCCGUCAAAGGUGUAGUUACUGUGGGUACUUUAAGGUUUGGAGCACUUAGAAGGCUGUAGUAGAAAUGUCUAUUCUGUGGAUAUUACAUAUUAAAACAUGUUUAUCUGUAGAAUACUUAAUGUGCACACCUUUGCCUACAGCUGCAGAAAAGUGUUCCUUGAGACAAAGUUGUGACCCAGUUUACUCCAGUUAAGGUUAAGGGCAGAUACGGUUCACAUUCCAUUGUUUGUAAAGUUACCUGCUGUUUGCUUUCAUUAUUUUUGCUACACUCAUUUUAUUUGUAUUUAAAUGUUUUAGGCAACCUAAGAACAAAUGUACAAGUAAAGAUGCAGUAAAAAUGAAUUGCUUGGUAUCCGUUACUUCGUGUAUAUCAAGCAGCAGUAAAACAAAAAACCCAUGUAUUUAACUUUUUUGGUUUUUUUUUGGCUUUUGUGAUUUUUUUUUGUUUUGUUUUUUGUUUUUUUUGUUUUGUUUUUUUGUUUUUGUUUUUUUUUUUUUUGAUACUUGCCUAACAUGCAUGUGCUGUAAAAAUAGUUAACAGGGAAAUAACUUGAGAUGAUGGCUAGCUUUGUUUAAUGUCUUAUGAAAUUUUCAUGAAUAAUUCAAGCAUAAUUGUUAAGAACACGUGUAUUAAGUUCAUGUAAGUGGAAUAAAAGUUUUAUGAAUGGACUUUUCAACUACUUUCUCUACAAGCUUUUCAUGUAAAUUAGUCUUUUGGUUCUGAAACUUCACUAAAGGAAAUUGUACAUUUUUGGACAUUUAUUCCUAUUCCCUUUUGGCAGCUAAUGGGCUUUUAUCAAGUUUAAAUACAAAGUUUAUCAUAACAAAAUACUACUAAUUCUACUACUGUUUCCAGCCAUGUCCCAUAUUCCCCCCUUCCCCUGAAAAAAAAUUUCAGGUUUCCUUUUUUGUUUUUUUAUUUGUUUUUCAGAGGCGGGGGAGGAUCAAUUGGAAAAAAAUAAUGUGUUCCAUUUAAAAUUUUUGGUAUACAGCCUUUUCUAACUUAGGAAGCCACAAUAUUCUUGACCCAUCAUGACAUUGGGUAGCAUUAACUGUAAGUUUUGUGCUUCCAGAUCUUUUGUUUUUAAGAAUUUCUUGAUACUCUUAUACCCUGCCUUCAAUUUUGAUCUUUUAUUCUAUUUGUCAGGUGCACAGGAUUCCCUUUUUUAAUCUUCUGUCUUGUCACCAACCAUUCCUAUUUGAUGGCCAUAUACUUGGAAUAAGGGCCGCAUGAUCUUUCUGGCUCCCCUUGGUGUCUAGGGAUAACCUGCUUUCCUUUGCUUGCAUCCCACAAACUUUCCCUCAUCCUAUGUACUGCAGCAAGUCUCUAUUGGUGAGACUGUAUCUCCCUGUAAACCCACCUAACCUGAAUGGUCUGUCAUUGUCUGCCUUUAAAAUCCCCUUUCUCUGUUUAAUAAUGAUGGGGCUAAGUUAUAUACCCAAGUUCACCCUACAGACUAUUUCUCAAUACCUUGCAGAAAACACCAAACAAAAAUACCAUUUUAAAAGAGGUGUAUUUUUUUUUUUCCAUUUAGAAUGUAAGCUCCUCAAGAGCAGGGACAAUGUUUUCUGUAUGUUCUAUUGUGCCUAGUACACUGUAAAUGCUCAAUAAAUAUUGAUGAUGGGAGGCAGUGAGUCUUGAUGAUAAGGGUAAGAAAAUGGAAUCCCAAUAUUGUUUUGUUGCUUGUCUUACUGUGACCUCAGUUUAAAUUGGGAAAUUAUCAGCCGUUUGGGACAAUUUUCCCAAUAUUACAUUCAGAUAAAAGUGCAAUGGAGGCCUUGGGAUCUUUUCAAGGAGAAAGACCUCUUACACAUUUGGAGACAACAAUGCAUCUUCACUUGUGUCUUCUCCUGACUCCAGGCCAAAGAUAAUGAUCUUUUUAUAGUUAAGGAGAAUUAAGCUAGUCUGACGAGGUGGAUCUCAUUCAAGUAAAUUAUAAUAAAACCUAAAGCUUGUCACUUUUGCCUAUUUAUGUGCAUCAGUCGUCCACUAAACUAGUUUGAUUCUGAAAUAAAUUGUAAUCAUUAAUAUUA